AUGGCUGUGGCCAUGCUCGCCACCACAGGCCUUUCGGAGCACACAAGCAAUUGGGCUGUUCUCGUGUGCACGUCGCGAUUCUGGUUCAACUACCGCCACUUAGCAAAUGUAUUAUCUAUAUACAGAACAGUCAAGCGAUUAGGCAUACCUGAUUCACAAAUCAUUCUCAUGCUUCCCGACGAUAUGGCCUGCAACCCACGCAAUGCAUUCCCCGGCACUGUCUACAGCAAUUCCGACCGAGCUGUUGAUCUGUACGGCGACAAUAUCGAGGUUGACUAUCGUGGCUAUGAAGUUACGGUUGAGAACUUUAUCCGACUGCUGACAGACCGUGUUGGCGAUGAGAUGCCUCGCAGCAAACGCUUGUUAACCGACGACCGAAGCAAUAUUCUUGUAUAUAUGACGGGACACGGGGGAAAUGAGUUCUUAAAGUUCCAGGAUGCCGAGGAAAUCGGCUCUUUCGAUCUUGCAGAUGCUUUUCAACAAAUGUGGGAGAAGAAGAGAUACCACGAGAUUCUCUUCAUGAUUGACACUUGCCAAGCAAACACCAUGUACAGCAGACUGUACUCGCCGAACAUUAUCGCCACUGGGUCAUCCGAACUCGACCAAUCAUCAUAUUCCCACCACGCAGAUAAUGACGUUGGCGUCGCUGUUAUCGAUCGAUACACCUAUUAUAAUCUGGAGUUUCUCGAAAACCAGGUCAAGGAUUUGAACAGCCCCAGGACAGUGGGCGAACUGUUCGACAGCUACGACUACGAAAAGAUCCACUCCCAUGCUGGGGUUCGGUACGAUCUAUUCCCUGGCGGUGCUGAGGGUGCGCGCAGCCGCCUCAUUACUGAUUUUUUUGGCAACAUCCAAAACGUCGAGGUUGAUCGCGACUCGAGCUCGUCCCUUGACGAGCAGCUACUUGCACUCAGCAAAACCAUUGCUAUUCUGCGGGAGAAGGAAGCUGAGGAGGAUGCAGCCCCCAGGAACACGUCCUCUGUGCCGGCCAGUGUUUCCACUGAGCCAGUCACCAAGCUUCAAGGGGCCACAGUCCUAACAAACGAUAAGUGGUGGAACAAGAAGGUUGUCGGUGCAACUGCUCUGGCUGGUUGUGGUCUGCUGUGGGCAAUUGGUUCCUUCUUAGAAGUAUAA